AUGAACUUCUCUCUACUUCCGAGCCUCACCUUACUGAAUUUCUCUUAUAACGAACUAGCCGGCAAAAUUCCCCUUCAAAUAUGUACUUUGUCGAGGCUAACUUACCUUGACUUGUCCUCCAAUUCCCUCACUGGCAAGUUGCCUCCAUGUGUCCAAAACCUCACUAGGCUUCAAAUUCUUAAUAUCGGUGGUAAUUACAUCGUUGGCUCUAUCCCUCCUGAGUUGGGAAAUUUGGAGAGAUUCAACACCUUGAAUCUCGAGUUAAAUUCACUUAAUGGUGUAGUCCCUCCGACUAUUGGUCGCUUGCACAAUUUAUGAUUCCUUGGAUUUAGCUCAAACAAAUUAAGUGGCUCUAUCCCUCUUGAACUUGGGAACCUCGCAAAAAUGGAUUAUGUUAGUUUAAGUUUCAACUACUUCACUGGUCCCAUUCCGUCCUCUAUAGGGAAUUUGACGAACUUGACUUAUCUCGAUUUGCGAGGAAACCAACUCUGUAGAUCUAUUCCUCCGAAAAUAGGGAAUUUGGGGAGCUUGACUGAUCUCUAUUUGGACGGAAACCAACUCGGUGGAUCUAUUCCUCCGGAAAUAGGGAAUUUGAGGAGCUUGACUGAUCUCUAUUUGGGAGGAAACCAACUCAGUGGAUCUAUUCCUCCAGAAAUAGGGAAUUUGAGGAGCUUGACUAAUCUCUAUUUGGGAGGGAACCAACUCGGUGGAUCUAUUUCUUCGGAAAUAGGGAAUUUGAGGAGCUUGCUCGAUCUCUAUUUGCAAGAAAACAAACUCGGUGGAUCUAUUCCUCCGUAAAUAGGGAAUUUGACGAGCUUGACCGAUCUCGAUUUGCAAGAAAACCAACUCGGUGGAUCUAUUCCUCACGGAAAUAGGGAAUUUGAUGAGCUUGACCGAUCUCGAUUUGCAAUAAAACCAACUCGAUGGAUCUAUUCCUCCGGAAAUAGGGAAUUUGAGGAACUUGAGUUAUCUCGAUUUGCAAGGAAACCAACUCGGUGGAUUUAUUCCUCUGAAAAUAGGGAAUUUGACGAACUUGACUUAUCUCCAUUUGCAAGGAAACCAACUCGGUGGAUGUAUUCCAUUGCAAAUAGGCAAUUUGGAGAGCUUGAUAAUCUUAGGGCUGUUUUUCCUUAUACUACUUUUCUCGACAAUAUGGAUUUGAACCAGUUUCAUGAAACCCAAGCCCCUAGAAGAAGGUCUAGCGUAAUUCAUUAUAUGACGGUGUUCAUUCCAUUGGCUGCAAUUUCCUGUAUAGUGGUCGGAUCUCGCUUUCUAUUUCGACAUGCAACAAAAACAGAGCAACCGGAGACUACAAAGAGAAAUGGAAAUUUCUUGUUAAUGUGGAAUUAUGACGGGAGGAUUGCUUAUGAAGACAUAAUUGAUGCAACAGAGGACUUCGAUCUCAAAUAUUGAAUCGGGACUGGUGGUUAUGGUAGCGUUUAUAGAGUACGAUUGCCCAAUGGGAAAGUUGUGGCACUGAAGAAACUUCACUGUCUUGAAGCAGAUCACCCAUCCUUCGACAAGAGCUUUCGAAAUGAAGUGAAACACUUGACAGAAAUAAGGCAUAGCAGCAUAAUCAAGCUCCAUGGUUUCUGCUUACACAAGUGAUGCAUGUUCUUAGUUUACGAAUACAUGGAAAAUGGGAGUCUAUUAUGUGCUUUGAGAGAUGACAUUGAAGCCGUGGAAUUGGAUUGGUCGAAAAGAGUCAAUCUCGUCCAGGAUACAGCACAUGCUUUGUCUUACAUGCACCAUGAUUGCGUUCGGCCAAUUGUUCAUCGAGACAUAUCUAGCAAUAACAUCUUACUCAACAGUAAAAUGCAGGCUUUUGUAUCAAAUUUUGGCAUUGCAAGACUUCUAGAUCAUGAUUUCUCAUCUAACUUCACUACAAAUAUCGCGGGUACCUAUGGAUACAUUGCACCACAGCUCGCGUAUACUUUGGUCGUUAAUGAGAAAUGCGACUUAUAUAGUUUUGGAGUGGUAGCAAUGGAAACAAUGAUGGGUGAGCAUCCAGGAGAUAUUAUAUCUAUCUUGUUGACAUCAUCUGGAGAAGAUAUCAUGCUACAUAAAAUUCUAGACUGGCGGUUGCCUUUACCAAGAGAGAACUCUGCUGCAAGAAGUAUUGUUUUGAUAGUUUCUCUGGCGCUUGCUUGCUUGAGUGCUAAUCCAAAGUCUUGACCAACUAUGAAGCAAGUCUCAGAAGCUUUUCUAGCUCGAAAGUCACCAUCGGCGAAGCCCUUCCAUGAGAUCUCAUUGGCUCAGCUCCGAUAUGUUAAUAGAUCACGGUUGGAAGGUGAAUCAACAGAAGCUUCAUCAGGACAGAGCGAGGAGUAAGGGUCAUUAAGUGCUUGUCUAGUAAAGAGAUAAUUGAUAAUGAAGCUGCAAUUUGGUGAA